CCGUUGAUGAGGGUAGAAUAAAAGCAACAGGAGGAAAACACUGUAACUUUAAAGCUGCAGUAACAUUUGAGCAGUUUAAUGUAAAAAUAGCACAUUGGAUACUUUUUUUUUCUUUUUUGUUUUCUUUAAGAAAACACACUUCCUGUUCUGUUUUCUUGCAGCAAAUAUUUCCAGGACAUCUGGUAACAGUUUAAAAUAUGGAACAGAUUUUUUUAAAUAAACCUUUUAGGUGGACUGAUAGCUUGAGGUUGGCGUACAUUUGUUGUUUCGUUGGCUGUGCGGUUUGCUACAAUUUGGAUGUGGAACAUUCUAUGGCUUUUCGCGGUCCCAGUGGUUCUUUAUUUGGAUAUUCAGUUUCAUUGCACAGCCAUGGAAAUCAAAAAUGGGUCUUAGUGGGAGCUCCAGUGGCUAAUUCAACUUUCAACCCUUCCAUCGUAAACCCCGGUGCGGUUUACAAAUGCAGCAUCAAAAACACGUCUGAGGACUGUGAGCAGCUGUCAAUAGGAAGUGAAAAGGAAGUCCAAUGUGGGAGGACGUGCCAAGCAGAGAGAGAUAACCAGUGGCUUGGUGUUAGUUUAUCCAGACAACCCCAAACAGAUGGGUAUAUUGUGGCAUGUGGACAUCGCUGGAAAAACAUUUUUUACACAAAUGGAGAUAAUCAAAACAAACUACCCCAUGGUGUUUGUUACAAGAUACAACCAGACUUAAACUCCGGCAGUCAGCCAAUGACUCCAUGUUAUAUAGAUCACCAACGAAAAUUUGGUGACAGGUAUGGCUCUUGUCAAGCUGGGAUGUCUAAUUUCCUAAUGGAGGAUUUGAUUGUUAUUGGAGCCCCUGGAUCUUUCUACUGGACAGGUUCUGUUUUAGUGUAUAACACAUCCGAUAACACGUUACAUGCGUACAUUGAUGAUGAAAACGAAGUCCUUUAUGGAAGCUACCUAGGAUAUUCUGUUGGUGCUGGACACUUUAUUGACUCCCAGGGCACUGAUGUUGUAGGAGGGGCACCCCAGCAUGGGCAGACUGGUAAAGCUUAUAUCUUCAAACUUUUGCCAAAGUAUUUGUCAAUAGUUUUUGAAGCAAGCGGAAAGAAGCUUGGUUCCUAUUUUGGUUCUUCUGUCUGUGCUGUUGACCUCAAUUCGGAUGGGCUGUCCGAUUUACUGGUUGGGGCGCCAAUGUACAGCACUGUAAGGGAGGAAGGAAGAGUUUACAUUUAUAUGAACUUGGGCAAUGCUAAUAUGAAGGAGCUAGAUUUUGAAUUAGCGGGGAGCGACUUGUAUUCAGCAAGGUUUGGAGAAACUAUCACAAAUCUAGGAGACAUCGAUGAUGAUGGUUUUCCGGAUGUUGCUAUUGGAGCACCACAGGAAGAAGAUCUACAGGGAGCUAUUUACAUCUACAAUGGCAGGAAGAAAGGGAUAUCUCAGUCCUAUUCCCAAAGAAUAACUGGAAACUUAAAUGGCAAUGUCUUCAAGAUGUUUGGCCAGUCCGUGUCUGGAGGCAUCGAUGUGGAUGGCAAUGGUUACCCAGAUGUAGCAGUAGGUGCUUUUAUGUCUGAUUCUGCUGUAGUACUGAGGACACGGGUCGUGGUGAUUGUAGAGGCCUCCUUGAUUCUUCCUCCUUCUGUCAAUCGCACCAAGCCUGAGUGUGUUGAAAAUGGACAGCCUGCUGUCUGUAUGAAUAUCACUCUGUGCUUUAAGAUCAAAGGAAGGGACAUUCCAGGGCACAUAGGUCUCCUGUACAAUCUGACUGCUGAUGUCCACAGAAAGGCUGGGUUUCCUUCUAGGUUUUAUUUUAUUGGAAAUGGAACCUCCAACCACACAUCAGGAAAGGUUGAGGCGUCCCACAAUCAUGUAAACUGUGUGACUCACCAGGCCUUUAUGAGAAAAGAAAUACGUGAUAUUUUCACUGCCAUCAAAUUUGAGGCAGCGUAUCAGCUUGGGGAGCAUGUUGUGAAAAGAGACGCCCCAAGCCUAUUUCCACCGCUUCGACCCAUCCUACAACAGAGAGAAGAGGAGGAGAAUCAUGUCAGGAACAAGGUCUUUUGCCGGUACUGUGUUUGGGAAAACUGCUCUACCAAUUUGCAGGUUUCUGCAAAGCUUGGCUUGCCACAGAUUCAUGAAGACAAGCCUUAUUUCGCUCUUGGGAAUGGAAAGAUUGUGAUGUUGAAUGUGACUUUAUACAAUGCAGGGGAUGAUGCAUUCCAAGCUUCUCUGCACAUCAGAUUCCCUGACACUCUGUACUUUGUUAAAGUUUUAGACUCGGAAGAGAAACACAUUAGCUGUGAUAUAGCGGAAGAUGAUAGGUCGGUUGUGGGGUUGGAUUGUAGUGUUGGCCAUUUAUAUAUCAACUCUCUGACAAAGACAGAUGUCACUUUCUUUCUGGAUGUGAACAAAGACAGUGUUCCAGAGGAUCUCAACAUAACAGUUAAUGCAACCUGUGAAAGUGUAGAAAGAGCAGAUCUUCUUCAUGAUAAUAUUGCAACUUUAAUAUUGCCUUUGAGAUAUGGGGUUGACUUAAAUGUCCAUGGGUUUGUGUCACCCUCUUCAUUUGUAUUUGAAGAGAUGCAGAAUAAAUCUGAUUGUUUUACUAAGACGUUUAAUUAUACUUUUACCGUAGUUAAUGUUGGCUUCAGCAAGGCCCCUGACUCUAGACUGGAGAUCAGUAUUCCUAAUUCCAUUGCACCACGCCCAUUCAAACUGUUCAACGUUUUGGAUAUUAAGACUUCGCUUGGAGAAUGUUAUCUUCCGAAUAAUACAAAAGACUGUGAUGUACCAGAUCCAUCAUUUACUGAGGAUGUCGUGUUUUUCUUUUCAAAAACAACAACCAGGCAAUUGUACUGUAUGGAGGAUGACAGUUCUUGUUUAAAUAUAUUUUGUGACCUUGGAGAAAUGGAAACCAGAAAGGAAGCCACUGUUCAGCUACAGCUGGAGCUAACACCUUUAGUUUUGGCAUUAGGUAGAACUUCCAUUUUUUAUAUUGAAACAAUAGCUGACGCAUUUCCCAAGCAGGACAGAUAUGUGAUUGAACUACAAAAAUACCAGUUUGCAAGUAUUAUUUUGGAAGCCCAUCACGAUCAGAAGCCAGUGAGGAGAGUAGAAGUAUCCAUUGUUGUAUUCAGCCUAUUUGUGGGGCUCUUUAUACUCUUGCUGCUUAUAUAUUUCCUUUGGAAGGUUGGCUUUUUUAAAAGACAUUUUAAAAUGAAAGAACAGGACCAUCGAGAAAGCUGGAACUAUGUAAAUAAGACUCAAGAUGUCUAUUGACAACAGAACCACCAACGGUAGAGAACAUCUGGAUAUUAAAAAGAAAAAAACUAGUACAAACUCAAGGAAAAACAAACAAAAUAUUGUUAUAGAAUGGUUUUUAAAACCAGAUCGUGUUUUUUAAAGCAGCAUUAAGACUUCAAACAAGCAUAUGUAUUUCAAAGUUAAAGAAGAACUGGUUUCUAUCAGAGACAGUGUUACGUGUUACUGUCAAGUACAGUAUGCUGUAUGCAGAGUUCUUUCAAAGGUGAUACAAUUCAAAGACAAUGAACUUACUUUUAAUAUCACCUUGUUUUAAAUUUGAUUUUAUGAAACCUUGUUAGAUACAUUGUCAACGAGACAAAUUAAAUGCACUUUAUCUUUUAAAUCUGAUAAGCUGGAAUGUAUUCACUAAGUGCAUCUCUGAACCACAGCAUAUUAACAAUCAUAUUAUACCUCAGGUGAUAAAACCAAAUUACAGGGGGACCAGACACUGCAUCAGUGACCAAACACAUUUAAAUGGUAUAAAAUAGUUACAUAUUAUUGUACUAGUAUCUGCAGCACAGAAAUGCUCUAUUUGUUAAAUAUAGUUUUAUUCACCAGCUUAUGGGCCAGAUCACACCAGCUCUUGCUAACUGGCUAAAUCAAGAUAAAGUAAUUUUAAUUUUAUUUUUUUCUUUAAUGCCACCUUACAUAGGAAGCACCAAGAACUGAACUGUGAUUACAAAAUAUACAAUGGAUUUGUAUGUUUCUGUACAAAUAUUUCAAAUUACACAGCAAUAUGUAAAAAAUAAAAAUUAAAUGUAAUCAUUAUUUUACAUACUUUUUUACGACUUCUAGUCAGGUGACCUUAAAAUAUGAUUGGGUACAAAAAGCACAAGGAAAACAAGAAGAAAACUAAGUUUUUUUUUUCUUCUUGUGGAUGGAUACAAAACCAAGAAUGCAUCCUGUAUGAACAAUAAAUAAAGCUACAUGUACAUCUCGUUUUGAUACAGGCCCUCCUGUGGAGAGUCUUCUUUAAAUAGUUUUUACAACUUGAAUACAGUUAUACACGUUCACAUCUGCAAAGAUACUCCCUCUAUUGUAGCCAUAGACAACUCAUUUUACUAGUUUACAAUGAUAAGUGCUAGUUGUGAGGCUUAAAGCACACAAUUUGAAUAGUCUAACUGAAUGUUGGCUCUUUAUUAAAUGUGUGAAAUGUGUCUCAGUGAAUACGGGACUCCAGCUCAGAAGCCAAACAGUGAAUUAAUUACCCUCCCCUUACCUCUUGCAACAGUGUUUGUAAUGCUUGGUAACUUGUCUUAAGUAAAACUCUUACAAUAAAUUUCUGGGACCUAAAAAACAGCUGCCUUUGAGAACACUGCACCUGCAAUGAUAAUGCAAAAUAAUAAUGGCAUUUGUUCUGUGCUUUUCUUUUUUUUAUAAAAGUGCAUUGUUUGUAUAUUUGUCAUAUUUUAUAGACAAUAAGUUAAGAGCUCUACAUUCUUUUCAAUUCUCUCUCUCUCUCUCUCUCUCUCUCUCUCUCUCUCUCUC